AUGACCGCGGGACUACAUCCGGGACUCGCACACACGUUGUCCAAGAUGGCGGAAACAGGUGAUCAUACUUGGCUCGCUACUUUCUUCUUUUUAUUCGAUCUUGUUUUCAUUUAUCUCGAUUUUGUGUCUUUUCGACUGGAUAAUACAACGUUUAUUGUAGCUCUUAUGUAAUACUACCCGUUUCUUGCCACAGCUAAAAAAGCUAAAAAGAAAAAGGGGAAGACUUUGGCCCUGACCGAGUUCUUGGCAAAAGAUGGCGAAAACGGAUCGUCGACUGUUGCUCAUGCGGCUAUAUACUCAGCUAGAUCGACGAGCUGGGCGGACGAAAGUGAGAGCCUAAGCACUGAAGGUAUUUAAAGUUCUUUUUGAGCGUUUCUUGGGCUGAUUAAGGCAAAAUAGCAUCACAGGGGCUUCCAAAUAUUUCGCUACGCUACUUAUUUAAACCGAUAAGUUGAACAAUGAUUCAAUUUAUCUUCAACCCAGUGUAGGGCUAUCUUAAAUAAUGUUACAAAUUUCCCAUUAUUUCGAAGAAACCACAAUUGAUUGUUCUUUUCCGUUCGACCCUUAUUGGAUCUUUGCAACGCUUGUGCAACUUCACGGUGAAAAAUAAAACACAGUCACUACGACAUGCUAGCAGGUCAUUCAUAAAAGAUAGUUAAGUUACGUGAGAUUGUGAAAUCUUGAAUUAUUUUAAGAGAAAUAAAAUUUUUUGUGGUAGCAGAAUGAAAUUUAAAUGAAUGAGUGAUUUCAAGCAUCUUUGUUUGGCUCCCAAAGCCUUGUAAUGUUAUGGUAAUUACCUCGCAAAAACCUUCAUAUCGAUCUCUAGAAAUAAGUCGUAUUCAAAGAGACACGACCGACAAAUAGAUUCUCUAUUUUUGCCCCAUGUCUGCCACUAACUUGUUAUGGUUACAUUUUUCAAAACAAUAUUUUGAAAUGUAAAAUUAAAGACUCUCAAGAGAAGUGUAGACAAAAUAAAGCCAUCACCAAGUACAAAUUAGCUACGAAGAAGUAUUUUAGAUAUUACCUCGUGUAUGUUCGCUAACAAGAUGACGUGUCUUACAACUGCUUUGAUUUUAACUAAUAAUUUAAAUAAUUUUUUAACAACGCUAACCUCUGCAGAAAAAUAUCAGAAAAAAAUAGAGAUUCUGAUAUUUAUUGGUCAUUUAUUGAGAAAUAGAGAUUUUGCUUUUUCUAAAAAACUAAACAAUAUUAGUUUCAUGACUGGAUUUUUUUGUUGCACAAUGAAGGACCUUUCUUUAUUCACCAUUAUAAACCCCAGUUUGAGAUAAUGACAAAAAAAUUAAAGGGGUUUGGUGACAUAUACCAAACAUUUUGUAAAAUAAUUUUGAGUUUAAAAGAACUCACCCUUAGCAAGUCUUCUUUAUAUAUUUCUUUUGUUUGUGUUCUAAAUUUUGUUCUGAGGAGAAAAAAAAGAGAUUUUGCUCAAGCUUUUAAGGGAAAAAUUAUUUCAUGGAAAGUCUGAACUGAAAAAGCCUACACAACUCUGCUGUAUCCCAAGGAAUAUGUUAUUUUUUUAAGAGUAAAUAUAGAUUUAAGGUGAUAUGGAAUCCUGAUGCAAGGAAACCUAGUAUGAUGAAAAUAAUGUUACAUGUAAAAUGAAAAAGCAAAUUCUUCAGACCCAAAGGAAGUACAAUUAUAAAAAAUGGGAUAUGUACCCUGACCAUGAGAAAAUCUUAGCAUCACAAAAUUUGGAUACGGUCAAGUUAAAUUGAGAAAUUCAGAGUUUGGUUUUGUUCAAAUGUCUUCCAUAACACAAUACAUAAUAUGCAGUACCCACACUGUUACAGACUGAGCUGGUCUUCUCAAAAUUACUUGGGGUAUAUCUACAUCCAAUUUGUCAAAGAUCAUUUCCUUACAAUUUGUGAAUUUUCCCAAAAGGUUUACUGGUAACCAUCCAUACUCCUGGUCCUGGUUGUUCAAAGGGUGGAUAACACUAUCCACUGGAUAAAUCACUAUCCGGUGGAUAGCGCAGUAUGGGUGUUAUGUGUUGGAAUAUGGGUGUUAUUCAAAAAGAGAGGGAAGGGGAUUUUGAUUUAAAAUUUUUUCCAGUAACAACUCUUUUUUUGGGUUAAAUAUCUUAACUUAAACUUAAUAACUUUAAGCAGGGUUUUUGAUGACUUGUUUUUGUAACUGAUAGAAGUUUAAUGCUAAUAGUCUUUAUAUUUAAUGGUAACUUUUCUAUAUUUCAUAAUGAACACUUUUUUUAAUUGUAUGUUCAGGUAAAGCCAUGUAAACAGGCUAAUUUUCACAGACAGUGUGUGCUGAACAGAAAGCAGCACUGUACUUUCCUUAUGACUACAACAUCUGUAACUUUCUUCAACUUAAAAAGAUUUUUUUUUGUCUUGACUUAUGAAUUCUACUCCAAUUAUCCUUUGUUUAGGCCUCAAUGAAUUCAUCUAUUUUCUUUUCCUAUUUGUUGUGUGAGUAGAGAUUGCUGGUCUCCUAACUAGUUUAUUCCUCAAAGGGAAGAGUUAAGAGAAUAAAUUACUAUUUCCAGUACCUUAAGGCAGUAAUGUAGUUUCAUAAUUGGUUCAUAUGUCAGCGUACGUUCAUCGAGAUAUGAAGCAUGCAGGAAGUUUGCAGAGCAUGAAAGAUGCGCAAGAGUUGCUUGAGGUGUAGCCGAGAGCAACUCUAGCUUCUUGAGUGCUCUCCAAAACUUUCCAAGUGCUUCAUAUCUCAAUGAACGCACGGCUGACAUAUGAACCAAUUGUUUUAUGAGAUUUUCAACCUGAAGGAAAAUUUUUUUCUCAAGGGAUUUGUUUGCUGACGUCAUGAGCGUGCACAAUAGGAAUAUGAAGCACACUUGCGCAAUUGAAUUUGAUUAGACAAAUUUACUAGCUAUGUUAUAAAAAUGCCUAGACCAUGAUUCAUACACAUGAAAUUUUGAUUUUUUUUUUUGUCUUUUUUUUAUAGUGGACACUACAUGGCCUGAAGAGGCUUAUGGGGGAAUCUCUACAGGCAAUAAACUACGUGCAGCAAUGGAUAGGGCCUCUCUUCCAACUGCACCAAGGGCAUCCAGAGGCCCUGACAUAGAUGUUACCAAAGUUCCUGAUGAUCCCCCUUACACAGCAUUUCUUGGAAACCUUUCAUACGAUGUUGACAGGGAUGACAUCUUUGAGUUCUUUGCCGGCAAAAAGGUAUGAAGUGUUCAGGUGUACACUGCAAUUUGUUACCUAGCAAUAUCUGUUUACAGAAAUGAUGUUAUAGAGCUAUUUGGUAACAUAAAGACAGUUUUUUCUUAGCAAAAAAACUUAAAAAACCACAACACACCUAUAGCAUACCAUAUUCUCUUUACAGGGAGGGGUCCUAAUAGCUGGGUAAGUUUAUGAAGGAGUUUUUCUUGAUGGAAAACUUUAUGAAUUACUUGAUAUCCUUCUCAAGUGUACAAAGCCUGUGUAAUUAUCGUAAAAACUAUUUAAUUAUCACCAGUUGGCUACCUUUUGAAUAAGAUUUUUUAUUUGGCAAAAGUUUAAUCCACCCAUCCCGGUCCUGUCACAUGCUUUCAACCACUUCUCAGUAAAACAACAUGCUUGACAUUCCAUUGGCAAGACUCAGAGACAACUGAGUAUGAUAACUUGGUAACUCAGAGUGCUCUUCAUAACAACAGUAUUUUUUUAGGGUUAUUUCAGUAUUCAAAUUUUGUCUAACUUUUAUUUCACUUGCAUAAUAUACUUGCAUGUACUUGCCUGACAUUACUGGUAAGCCAGGGGAAAAGCCAUUUUUGGGAAAACUGGGGUUUUGAUAGGAGUUUAAAAUUUAAUUUUGCUACAAUCCUCAUUUGUACUAUUAGAAACUGUAUCCAAGAGGUUCUAGUUUUCAAAAUUAGUUGUGGAGCUUCAUUGAAAACCCAAAUCACAUCAUGUAUCUUUUAAAAUUGACUCAGAUUUUGAUAUCUGUGAGCCAUGUCUCUCACAGUAGGGUUUUUUUGUUAUACAGAUCACUGAAGUGAGGCUCCCCCAAGACAGUAAUGGGCGACUUAAAGGGUUUGGCUAUGCAGAGUUUGUGGAUAAGGAGUCUCUUGUGGCUGCUUUAAUUCUAAACAAUGAGGUAAUUUUUUUUAACUUCUUUGCAAAGAUCUACCCAACAUGGAAGUUUUAGAAAUUGGAGCCCAAAAACUCAUGUUCAGUUUGACACUGAGAAAAAUUUACUAACAAUGGGUUGUGUGGAGCAAGUACAUGUACAUGUAGCUUUUGCACUUGCCUGCUGGACAUAGCAGCACAGUUUGGCUCCACUUGCAUCAAUCCCUUAUGGAAAAUUGGAUUGUAUAUUUCUCACUAGAGGAGAGGUUUGAUUAAUCAAGUGCAGAAAUAUUUGUUACAAUGUUAUUAAUAAAGAAUGAUAUUCGUGAGGUAAAAUAAGAAUAAAGAAUGAGGUAUUAUUGUAAAUAUUUUUUUUAUGUUAAUAGAAAAAAGAUUGUACACUAUACCACAAUUGAAUUCUGAAUAACCUUUGAACAAUUGACAACUCUGACAAUACAAAAUCCCAGUAGUGGUAUGAUAUACUUUUACAUUUGAGGGAUAUACUCUUGUUUUUUUAGAAAGCUGAACAUGGUUGUGCAAUUGCCAAAGACAAAUUCUUUUAUAGCAAUAUUAGCACACUUUUUUCAUGUGUUCUCUUCAAUAUGCUUCCAAAAAAUACAUUAUUAUUUUAAUGUUUUUUUUUAAUAGUUGUUUGUAUAAUUUUUGACAUUUUUUGGCAUUGCAGCAACACUGAAGCAUCUCAGAAACACCCCAAACUUAAAUGACUUUUGUGACUGUUGCUCUUUAUUAUGGAUCUGUAGUAAGCUCUGCAAGAACUGCCUUUCUGCUAAGUUUUGAAAAACAUUAAAUAAGAAAAUUGAGGUACAUUUCUUAAAUUUGUAGUCAAAUGAAAAUAAAUCAGCUUUGAUUUAUCUUGUAGAUGAGAGAGUCAGUGUGUUUUAGAGCACCAGAACUUCAUCAAAUAUCAUUCUUUGGUGUUAUAGUUAGCACCUUAAAAACGGUUUGUGGUCUUUGAAGAAGCCCAAGCUUUAUUACGGUUGCAUUUUGAUUUGUCACCUUUUUCCCUCUCUCUUAUAUAUGUAGCAUCUGAAGAACAGAAGAAUACGAGUCGACGUUGCUGGACAACAACAACAGCAAGGUAAAGGGCGAUAUAUGCUUACUGAAAAUCUAAGCUCUGAUAAGCCACCCACCUUUCUUAUGAGGCUCCCACUUAUAGAAAUUUGAUUCUCUAUCUAGCACGCCCUCCCCCUUCUACUGCCUCUGUUUGAUCGACAUGGUACUUUAAAUCUAUUUUUCCAACGAAUGUCGAAAAGUAGCUGCAAUCUUCCCUAUGGAUUGGGAUUGGUCCAAAAUAUUCGCGCCAUUUUCACAAUGAGUCAGUGCAAAACUGAAACCAAUCGCGAGUGCGUCACCCGCAUUCUCUGGUUUUUUUUUUUUUCUUUUUUUUUUUUUUUCACUUUGAGUUCCCAUCUCCUCCUUCUGAUCUUUUCUUUUGCUCUGAUUUGCUAUUGUGAUUACUUUGGUCAGUUCGAAUUAAUGAUACUCGAUCAAAAAACGCUCUUGUUAUCAGUUUGGUUUGAUUUGCCUUUCAGUACAAAAUACACUUGCACUUGAAAGCUUGUAUUAGUUUACGUUUUGGAUGUUUGUGAGGUUUUGAUAAAAGAAACGCAUUCUGUAUACGGUGUUCGUGAUAUUAAGAUGAAGAAAGAUAAAGAAGAAAAGUGAUGAAUCGUAUUUAGGCCCCUAAAUAUGAGCUAGUUUUUGAUAAGACUCCUUCAAGUGACACUGCACAGUAAUGUCCUACUUUUCCAGUCAGAUAUGAGAAGUAUGCAUCCUCUCUGAAAUCAUCUAACAUAUAUUUUGAGUCUAAAUAUGACCGAAAAAUAAAGAAACGAUUUAUCGUUGGAAUCAUGUCGAGAAAUACCCCUUAACAGUUUCUGUUAAUUUGUUGCCCUAAGGAUGUCUUCUACACAACCCUUUUUACCUGUAACAUUCAAAAAUGUAUGGCAGGUAAUUCUUUUUUUUGUUCCUUUGUUUAUUUAUAGAACGCGAGCGCGGUGACCGGGAUCGGAGUAAUGAACCUGAUCGCACAGAUAGUGAUUGGCGAAGCAAACCCGAACCUCCCCCAACCCAGAAUGGUAACAACGAUAGAUAUAACGACGAUGGUGGAUCCCGUGAUCGUUGGGGUCCUCGAGGAUACGACGGUGGACCUCGGGAUAGAUCGGGUUACCGAGGAUAUGACGAUGGACCUUCUUGGGACAGAUCAGGUGGAAGGGACCGAGGGUACGAUGACGGACCUCGGGGCAGAGACCAGGGAUACCAGGACCGCCGAGGAGACGAUCGGUACGGGGACCGUGACAGGGGAAAGGGAUUUGGCAGCAACUGGGAUUAUGGAGACAGAGACAGGUAUGAAAUGGUUUUAAUGUACUAAAUGCCGUGUUGCAUGAAAAUUCGCUUAUUUACAUCCUCCUGCCAGUAAAUUUUUGGUGAAUCCGUGUUCAGUCUCUCAGUAGGCUUUUGUUUCAACAACCUCGUGUUCUUCCUCGUAAAGCCCAUUGCUUUUAAAUCCAACAUAGGCGAGACGACAGAGGUCAAGACCGUUACGAUGGUGGCCGAGAUCGCCCCGAUGAUCGACGAUAUGGAGAUCGUUACGGUGGCGAUCGGGGAGGCGGAUAUGGCCGAGACCGUUACGACGAUCGCCGAGGUGGUGAUCGUUAUGGGGGUGAUCGAGAUCGUUACGGCGGAUAUGGCCGAGAACGCUACGAUGAUCGCCGCGGGGGUGAUCGCUACGAUGAUCGCCGAGGGGGGGAUCGUUACGAUGAUCGCCGAGGGGGUGAUCGAUACGAUGAUCGCCGUGGUGGCGACCGUUACGACGAUCGUCGAGGUGGAGAUCGGUAUGGUGACAGAGAUCGAAGGCGUGACAACGAUGACCGCGAGAGAAGCUCAUGGCGUGACUCCGACCGUGGUCGCGAUUCAAGGAGCGACUUUGAUAGGGACGAGAGAGAGCCUGGUAAGAGAGAAACCUUGAUCUCUUUUGUUACAAAUGUUACAGUGUUUUGUCGCAGCAAAACUUUGAUGAAGUUUGUAUUUAUGAAAACAAUAAAUAGGGAAAUGACAAUGUCUUUCUCAGUUACACAAAAUUAGCGAAAACUAUACGGUCUCGCCUGCCCUUCUGACACUUGUAUUUGAAUUACAGUCAGAGAGAGGCCAAGGCUUCAGCUCCAGCCUCGCACUAAACCGGUGGAAGAAAACAAAGACGAAACUGUAACAGACAGUUCUGUGUUUGGCGGCGCCAAACCUGUCGACACGGCCGCGAAAGAGCGAGAAAUCGAAGAGAAACUGGCCCGACAAAAACUUGAAGACGAAGCAAAAUUGAAGGAAGAGAAAGAGAGACAGAGAGAACGACGAGAGCGUGACGAAUGGCCACGAGGCUCUAGUGGUCGAGCGCGGCGGGACAGCAAUCGGUCGAGCGACGGAGAAAGGGGAGGGAAAGAUCGACGAGACAACCCGGACUUUCGCAGCCGGCGUGACAGCGCGAGGUCCAGUGACGAGGGUUUUCCAAGCAAGGCAGUCGAGCCCGCUUCUCGGGAUAACUCUCGGGGAGGUGGAAAAGAGGCCAAGGCGGCACCGAAGGAGGCACCUAAGGAUGCUCCACCUCCUGCUGUGAAUGUGUGGACGCAGCGGAUGGAGCAACAGAAAGCGGCAUCGACGGGAACGACUGAGCCAAAGAGUCCCACCGAGGAGCAUAGAGUGGAGAUCAACGUUGACAGUAGCACCAUGACAGUGACGUCUCCCACCUCUCCCACCUCUCCCACCUCUCCCACCUCUCCCACCUCUCCCACUUCCUCAGAGAGAAAGGGUUCCCCAGCAAACGGUCUGGCCCUCGAAAGGAGUUCAGAGAAGGCGGGGGUCCGCCAAAAGGCAGAGGCAGAGGGAUACGCCCUGAGCGAGGAGAACGAAGCGAGAGAACUGACAGAGGCGACAGGGCAAGCGUGAAUGGUCCGGACGGAGGUGGUAGAGGAGUCAAGAAGGAGAAGAGGGAACGGAGACCUGCAGAGCCUAAGAAAUACGAGGAGACCCAACAACCGGCAAGUGAUCAGAUUAUAAAUUACUCUUGACCUUCCUUUGAAUCAAAUCGGAAAGGCUAAGGUGCAAGUCCUCACGGACGACAAAUAGUAUUCUUCGUUCAGCUCUGUUGCAAAUGCUUUCCAAACGAGUUUUAAAAUUUCCUUUUGUUACAGGAACCAAGUUUUCUCAAGGAUCGCUUACAAGAAAGUUAAAAGUUAUCUUAACAAGUAUCGCAUUUCUUACCAACAGGUCUUCCACACAAAGAGCAAAUUUGCUGCUCUCUUGGAUGAUGAAGAGCCAUCCGAACAGGACACACAAGAACAGUUAGACGCCGAAGACGAGACGUGAUGACAUCUCUCUGUUCCUUUUUUUUAAUAUUAUUACAAGUUGAACAAAUGAAUUGCAAGCCCCAGAUAAAAAACAUUGGUGUAAAUCGUUAGGUCACCCUUCUGCUUUACCAGGGCGCAUGCUAAUUGAUGGAAACCGCUGGCGUUUGUUACGACGUGACCGACUUGAUUUGGUUGUAAGCACGGACACAUUAGGUAGACCAGUGCAAGCCGCAUUUCAUAAAUUUGAACUUUAAUAUAUUUUGGUGAGAUUCUAUGAAUGAGAGGGUUCGACUUUGCAUUUUUCUUUCCUUCGGUCUUAGUAGCUUUGAUGAUAUUUUAAACUACAGGUUUCAAUAAUUAUUUUGGACAACUUCGCUGCUACUAAGUUGUUUCUUUCCGUGAAAAUGUUGUUUUUUCGAUUUUUUUUUCUAUUGAAGGUGAGAUGGAUUUAACCCUAUUUUCUUAUCUUGACUCGUUAUGCGAUCGCGUAGAUUUGGAUG